AUGGUGAAAACCCGUCGCAGUAAUGGAGAAAACGGGGAGGUUGAGGAUGGGAAUUAUGGUUUGAACGACGCGGGCAGCGUAUCUGACGAGAAAACAGAAAAGGCAUCUAACUGGACACCAAGAGAGUUAAGGAGUAGCCAGUACAAAGUUACAAGAAAGAUACAACGCUGGCCUACUAAAUAUAACCGCCGUCUUCGGACGAUAAAGAUGCCUCGAAUAAUGUUUCCUGAAAGUGACACCGAACCUGAAAAAUAUUCUAGACGUUCAAGGCAAGUACGAGUGUUCUUCGCUGAUGACAAUGAUUCCACGAACAGAAGCGUGAAGAUACGGCGCAGUCGAGGCCCCAGGAAGAACUACGAGGAGAGUGAAGAUAAGCCUAUACAAGAAAAUGUACGCCGCAGUUGUCGCAAGCGUAAGCUUCUCCAUCACAACUUCAACGAGUCCUGGAUCACUAACGAGCUAAAAGUCAAAGGUUAUCCAGACUUGUACGGAUUUCCCGGCUCUAGUUCGUCGGAUGAAUCUUCUUCGGCUGACGAAGCCAGAGUUAGGUCUAAUAGCAAGAAAUUGACCCGUCCACAUGCCCCGGUGAACACUGAUGAGGACACUCAACUGUCCCGCCAGAGACGGACAUCAGCUAGAUUUAAUAAGUCAAAAGUUAUUGAUCACACAGAAUCGGAUUCAGAUGACGAGAACAACCAAACUGUCAUCGAGAAGAAGCCGGUGGAGAAUAAGAAGGAAGAAGAGAAGAUGGAAACAGCAGAGGCAACCAAAGACGAUGAAAAACAAGUUAAGACAGAAAGAGAACAGCCUGUACAAGGACAGGAUAGCGAAAGUAAUCAAGCUCCUGUAAGAACUAGACAGACUAGAAGAUGUAGACAGACAAAGAAAGACAGCCAGCAGGACUCAGAGUCGUCGUCUUCGGAGUCGGGCAGCGAGUUGUCGCUGCGCCGCUCCAAGCGCACGCGCAAGCCCAAGCCUGCCUUCGUGCAGAUUGAGUCCGGCGAGACGCGAUCUAGAGGCAGGGCCAAAACAUUCACAAUUCGAAAGAAGCCAUAUAGUUUAAGAGAGAGAAAACCAAAAAUAUUACGCAGAAAAACCAUCAGAUCACAAUCGCCGUCCAGUACCACAAGUACCUCUAGCACUUCUAGUUCAGACACAGAAGAAGAUCUUAAUGUUUCAAUGAAAAAUAAAACUAAAGGAAGGCAAAAGUCAAAGUCACAAGAUGAGAAAAAAACUGACAGGGCCUUGAGAGAUAUUCAACCUGUGGAGGUUGAUGGCAGUGUCAGAUUUACUUCUGUGGGAGGUCUCGAAGAACAUAUAAAAUGUCUUCGCGAGAUGGUCCUCUUUCCCUUGAUGUAUCCCGAACUAUUCAACAAGUUCAAAUCUCGGCCGGCUAAAGGUGUUCUGUUCCAUGGACCGCCCGGCACUGGGAAGACGUUGUUAGCCAGAGCUUUGGCGAACGAAUGUUCCUUAGUGGGGGGAAGGAAAGUGGCUUUCUUCAUGAGGAAGGGAGCGGAUUGCUUAAAGAAAUGGGUUGGAGAGAGUGAGAGGCAUUUAAAAUUGCUGUUUCAGCAGGCAAACAAAAUGAAGCCAUCCAUUAUUUUCUUUGACGAGAUAGAUGCAUUAGCUCCAGUGCGGAGUGUGAGGCAGGAACAAGUGCACACGAGCGUUGUGGGGACCUUGCUGGCCGAGAUGGACGGCCUAUGCGACAGAGGCGAGGUAGUAAUAAUAGGGGCGACGAAUCGUCUGGACGCCGUGGACCCAGCGCUGCGGCGCGCGGGCCGCUUCGACCGCGAGCUGCACUUCGCGCCGCCCCACGCGCUGGCGCGCCGCGACAUCCUCCACAUCUACACCCAGCACUGGCUGCCCAGGCUCAGCGACGACACCUUGGACCAUAUCGCUGACAUCACGGGCGGUUAUGGAGGUUCCGAUCUUAAAGCGUUGUGCUCCGAAGCAGUAUUAAAGGCAUUAAGAAGAGUUUACCCACAAGUUUAUGAAAGUGAGCAUGCCCUGGUUAUUGAUACCAAAAAUGUUGAAGUAACAAGAAAGGAUCUUUUAGAAGCGAUGCAUUCCUUAGUAGCUGCGGGGGCUAGAACAAGUCCGUUAGCUGCUAAACGCCUCCCGCCGCACUGUAUACCGCUAUUACAAGCACAAGUGCAGAGUGCCGCCACCGUGUUGCAGAAUAUGUUUCCACUUUGCUCUAGUCCCGAUAAGAGGUUUGGAGAUCCAUCUCUAUCACAAAGCACAUUGUUAGUUACGGGUGAGUGUGCAGAGACACAUAUCGCCCCGGCGUUGUUAGCUCAACUGGAGCAUUGUACUGUGAAAGAACUCAGCAUGUCAACUCUGCACUCUGCACAGACGUUCACUCAAGAACAGGCUUUGAUAUCGGUGUUCUCGGAGUGCCGGCGCGCGUCGCGCGGCUGCGUGCUGUUCGUGCGCGACCUGUGCGCGGUGUGGGCGGCGCUGGGCGGCGCGGGCGCGCUGCUGCGCCAGCUGUGCCGCUCGCGCGCGCACGGGCCCAACACGCUGCUGCUCGCCACCGCCCACUGCCAUCACGACCAGCUGCCCGCUGACCUACAAGAAAUGUUUCCAAUAUACAAAGAAUGCGUGUACCGCGUCCGCGAGCCGAGUGCCUCCGAAGUGAUCAACUUCUUGAAGCCCGUCAUCGCCGAGGCGCUGCUCGACCCGCCGCCCAUUGAGAACAACGAACCGCCACCUCCUUUACCUAUUGCGCCGCCCCCUCCACCUCCUCGCGAAACGGCCGAAGAAGUAACUCGUCGCAAGCGCAAGGAAGACUACAAGCUGCGUGAAUUGCGGAUAUUCCUUCGAGACAUCUGUCGAAAGUUAGCUUCUAACAGACGGUUCUAUAAGUUCACCAAACCUGUAGACUUGGAGGAGGUGACCGACUACCUAGAUAUAGUGAAGCAGCCCAUGGACCUAGAGACUAUGAUGACCAAGGUAGACAUGCACAAGUAUAACUGCGCUAAAGAGUUCCUCGACGAUAUUGAUCUCAUAUGCGCAAACGCACUUGAAUACAACCCUGAUAGAACGUCGUCAGACAAACAAAUACGUCACGAGGCGUGUUCGCUUCGGGACCAUGCGCACGCGCUGAUCGAUGUGGAAAUGGACAGUGACUUCGAGCUCGAAUGCCAGGAGAUCGCCAACCGAAGACGCGAGGAAGGCAAUGCUGAUAACGAUCUACCCGAUUUUAUUUAUACGGCAUCUAAUUUACAUCACUCAAUGAUUGACGGAACACCAUGUGAGAAAUCGCCACGAACCCCACAAAACGGAGACAAGAGCGACCCACAUUCGGCCAAACGGAAGCGUCGCAGGAUGAACGCUUGGUCCAAAGGUUUAGUGGCUAAGCGACCUAAAACUUCCAGGAACUAUAAAGAUUCAAGCAUGAUAAUUACGGACGAAGAAUCAAAAGAGAACAAGCCGAUAACGUCUACGCCGCUGCCCAACGGGGACGUGACGUCAUCAUCGGGCUCGGACGACGAUGCGCCGCUUCGCCGGCCACAGGACUCCGCUGAUGCCUCCGUCUUCAACAUCACCGCGCAGAGUCUCGCUUACAACCAUGUUUUAGAAAGUCCGACGAAAUCAACAGAGAAGUCACCUGCAAAGACAUCACCAAAGAAGAGAAAUUCAGGCCAUGACGCUACAAGUGGAGACGCUGAAAAAGUACUGAUUAACAAGACUGAGUUAGAAAACAUUGUAUAUAAGAAUGCGAAGGCACUGCGGACGAUAGGACUCGAACCUUUACUGGACUUGCACGCACAAAUGACACACGCGGUCCACUCAUACUCCACGAAGUACGACCGAACAAAGUUACCCCAAGAACUUCACGCUAUUGUCACCAGGUACUUGCAGCACAGGAAAUGA